AUGUUUUUGGCCGUGUCCAUUGUGUGCGAUGAUUACUUCCUACCUUCUCUAGAGAUCAUCAGUGAAUGCCUUGGCCUCUCUCAGGAUGUUGCUGGAGCAACUUUUAUGGCUGCUGGAAGCUCUGCUCCAGAGCUUGUCACUGCUUUUCUAGGAGUCUUCGUGACAAAGGGAGAUAUCGGCGUCAGCACCAUCCUUGGAUCAGCAGUUUAUAAUCUUCUCGGUAUUUCUGCAGCUUGUGGACUGUUUUCCAGCAUGGUUUCGAGGCUAUCCUGUUGGCCGCUGUUUAGAGACUGUCUGGCAUAUACAAUUAGCGUAGCGGCGGUCCUUGCGAUGAUAUCUGACAACAGAAUUUACUGGUAUGAAAGCGCAUCCUUAUUAUUGAUAUACGGGUGUUAUAUCCUGGUACUGUGUUUUGACAUUAAAAUCAACCAAUACCUCAUGAAAAAGUUCAGUCCCUGCUGUACGUGUUUUACAAAAGCUAUGGAAGAGAAUGCUGAGCAGCAGCCACUGGUUGGAUGGAGGGAAGAGAGUGGACCUCUAAUUCGUCAACAGUCAAGAACGGACAGCGGAAUUUUUCAAGAUGAGCUGGACUACUCUCAACUUUCAAAAAGCAUGCAUGGGCUUGAUGAAAUCUCUGAAGAUCAUUCAAGUGUCUUCACUGUGCCUGAAGCAGAUAUGAAGAGAAUUUUGUGGGUGUUAUCCCUUCCUAUUAUUACACUACUCUACUUGACUAUACCAGAUUGCAGAAGACAGUUUUGGAGGAACUGGUUCAUGGUGACAUUUUUAAUUUCAGCAGCAUGGAUUUCUGCAAUAACUUACGUUCUUGUAUGGAUGAUAACAAUAGCAGGUGAAACACUGGGAAUUCCAGAGUCAGUAAUGGGUCUCACAUUACUAGCAGCAGGAACAAGCGUACCAGAUACAGUUGCAAGUGUGCUGGUGGCUCGAAAAGGAAAUGGAGAUAUGGCUAUGUCUAACAUUGUAGGAUCCAACGUAUUUGAUAUGCUCUGUUUGGGAAUACCCUGGUUUAUAAAAACUGCCUUCAUAAAUACAUCAGGACCCAUAGAAGUGAACAGCGGUGGUUUGACAUACACAGCCAUUUCCCUUAUCUGUUCUGUUGUUUUUAUUUUUCUGGCAGUUCACCUGAACGGCUGGAAAAUAGAUAAAAAAUUGGGAGCAAUUUGUCUUGUACUGUACUUAGUAUUUACUAUAUUAUCAAUUUUAUAUGAACUUGGCAUCAUAGGGAACAAUCCUACAAGGGUCUGUGGUAACUAGUUUUAAUCAGUGAUUAUA